AUGGCGGGUCUCAAGGCUGCAGCACACAAGCCCACCAAUCUGGCCAAGGUAUAUGAUGUAAGACAGGGUAAAGAUGAGAGUCUGGCGGCAUUCCUAGAAAGGGUCAUAGAGGUGUUCAGACAGUACACCCCUAUGAAUCCAGAGGCCCCAGAGACCAAAGCUGCCAUAGUUAGGGCUUUUGUUAACCAAGCUGCUCCAGACAUGAAAAGGAAAUUACAGAGGGUAGAAAGACUAGGAGAGAAGAGCCUACAGGAUCUGCUAGUGGUGGCAGAAAGAGUGUACAAUAACAGAGAGACCCUGGAGGAGCAACAGGCUAGGAUAAGUGACCGUCAGACCCAGAACCUGGCUAAGAUCCUACUGGCCAUGACCACGGAUGACCCACAUGAAAAGCAGAGACGUCUCAAAAAGCUGGCUUCAGGAGAAGGGGAAAGUCGGGGUUUGGCACCCCUCCCCAAACCCAGGGUAACCCUUAAAGUGGAGGGGCAACCAAUUAAAUUCCUAGUAGACACCGGGGCACAGCACUCUGUCUUGCUACAACCUCAAGGGAAGUUGGCAAAUAAGACCUCAUGGGUACAGGGGGCCACAGGCACUAAACAAUAUUCAUGGACUACCCGAAGAACAGUGGAUCUUGGCGUGGGCCCGGUAACCCACUCCUUCAUGGUCAUUUCUGAGUGCUCCUACCCCCUUUUAGGCCGGGACCUACUCACCAAGAUGGGAGCCCAAAUUAUUUCCACCCUUAAGGGGCCAAGGUCCUGGAAAGAGGGACACCCGAUCCAGGUGCUUGUCUUGAACCUGGAGGACGAAUAUCGUCUUCACCAAAUACCCCCGGAACCAAUGACCAACAUUGACCACUGGUUGCAGGAGUUUCCCCAAGCAUGGGCAGAAAACGGGGGAAUGGGAUUGGCCCAACAUCGGCCAGAGAUAUACAUUGAAUUAAAGCCAGGAGCAGAACCAGUCAGAGUCCACCAAUACCCUAUGCCUCUCACAGCACGGACAGGGAUCACCCCACACAUCCGGCGACUGCUAGACUCAGGCAUACUGCGGCCUUGUCAGUCGGCAUGGAACACUCCCCUGCUGCCGAUACGAAAGCCACACCCUAAUGAUUAUAGACUGGUCCAGGACUUGAGGGACGUUAACCGACUGGUGAUGGACAUGCACCCUACAGUCCCAAACCCCUACACCCUCCUCUCCAUCUUGUCCCCAGACAAGACUUGGUAUACAGUGCUAGACCUAAAGGAUGCCUUUUUCAGCUUGCCCUUGGCCCCAAAGAGCCAAGACCUCUUCGCUUUUGAAUGGGCAGACCCGGAGAAGGGCAUCCAUGGCCAACUCACCUGGACUCGACUACUGCAAGGAUUCAAGAAUUCGCCCACCAUCUUCAAUGAGGCACUGCAUGAAGACUUAGGUGAGUUCCGUGCCAAACACCCUAGUCUGACUCUAUUACAGUACGUAGAUGAUAUCCUGUUGACAGCAGAAGACCAGGAAACAUGCCUACAACACACCAAGGACUUGCUCCGAAUGAUAGCAACUCUGGGAUACCAGGCUUCAGCUAAGAAGGCCCAGAUCUGCAGAAUGGAGGUGAGCUACCUGGGGUACAAAUUAAAAGAUGGACAAAGAUGGUUAACGGAUGCACGGAAGGAGACUGUCAUGAGAAUCCCACAGCCUCGAAACAUCCGCCAGGUACGUGAAUUCCUAGGGUCGGCUGGGUUCUGCUGAUUGUGGAUCCCAGGUUUCGCUGACAUAGCUAAGCCCCUCUACGAGGCCAUGAGACAAAAACAGGACUUUGUAUGGACUGAGGCCAUGGACAAAGCCUUCAAUGACCUUAAACAAGCCUUGCUUUCGGCCCCAGCACUCGGGCUGCCUGAUCUGACUAAGCCCUUCCAUCUUUACGUGGAUGAAAAGGAAGGGGUGGCAAAGGGAGUCCUAAUUCAAUACAUGGGCCCCUGGAAGAGACCGGUGGCAUAACUCUCAAAGAAAUUAGGUGCCGUGGCCGCUGGAUGGCCUCCAUGUUUAAAAAUUACUGCUGCAGUGGCCACCAUGAUUAAAGAUGCAGAUAAGCUGACUAUGGGGCAGGAACUAUACGUCACUACCCCACAUGCCAUUGAAGGGGUACUCAAACAACCCCUGGACCAAUGGAUCAGCAAUGACCGCUUGACCCAUUAUCAGAGCUUGCUUUUGAACCCUACCAGAAUUUUGUUCCAGGUGCCAACAGCCCUAAACCCAGCGACACUGCUCCCUAACCCUGACAGCACACACCCCCCCCCCCCCCCACAUGACUGCCAAGAAAUCCUGGCUCAGGUGCACGGAGUCAGAGCCGAUCUCCAGGACCAACCGCUGCCGAAUGCUGGUGACACCUGGUAUACAGACGGCAGUAGCUUUGUCUGGGAAGGAAUCAGGUAUGCGGGGGCAGCUGUGACCACAGAGACAGAGACUGUCUGGGCGGAACCGUUGGCGGCUGGGACUUCUGCCCAACGUGCAGAACUGAUUGCGCUAACCAAGGCGCUAACAAUGGGAGCAGGCAAGCGGAUAAGCAUCUUUACUGAGAGCAGCUAUGCCUUUGCCACAGCCCACAUCCACGGAGCCAUUUAUAGAGAAAGAAGGCUCUUAACAGCAGAAGGAAAGACUAUUAAAAACAAGGCAGAAAUCCUCGAGCCCCUAAGGGCCCUCUGGCUGCCUAAGGCACUGGCCAUUAUCCAUUGUCUAGGACAUCAAAAAGCAGACACACCUGUGGCCAGAGGAAACAGGCUGGCCAACUUAAAGGCAAAAGAGGCAGCUCUUUCAGUGGACCAUGUCUUAGUGACCACACUGCCCCAUCCGGAAGCACCGAAUAGCAGCAUAAUCCUACCAGAGGAACUGGGACGGCGACUCCUAUCCAAAAUGCACAGGAGUACAUACAUGGGAACAAAAAUAAUAGAAGACUUGGUGCGACAUGCAAAGAUCACUAUCAAAGAUUGCCAAUCAAAGAUCAAACAGAUUGUGACAAGCUACCACGCAUGCCAAUUAACUAAUGCCACCGCCCAUGGAUCUAACCCAGGCACCCGGCUCCAGGGGGACCACCCAGGAGCCUACUGGGAAGUGGACUUCACCGAGAUAAAACCUGGAAAAUACGGAUACAGGUAUUUACUGGUAUUUGUAGAUACUUUUUCAGGAUGGACAGAGGCAUUUCCCACCAAACAUGAAACUGCACAGACCGUGACCAAGAAACUGCUGGAAGACAUCUUACCGAGGUAUGGUUUUCCUGUUAAGAUUGGAUCAGACAAUGGACCAGGAUUCAUCUCUAAGGUAACACAGGGAGUGGCACUAGUACUUGGGGCAGAUUGGAAAUUACAUUGCGCAUAUAGGCCCCAAAGCUCAGGACAGGUAGAGAGGAUGAACAGAACAUUAAAAGAGACCUUGACUAAAUUAGCCUUGGAGACUGGUGGGGAUUGGGUGACUCUCCUCCCCUUCGCCCUAUAUAGGGUGCGAAACUCCCCAUAUAAGAUGGGACUUACCCCUUAUGAGAUCAUGUUCGGUAUUCCUCCACCUAUUAUCCCCAAUUUAAAAUCUGUGGUGCUGGGGUGCUUGGGUGGCUCAUUUGAUGAUCACCAACUCCUUUUCUCCCUCCAAAUGUUACAACGAACCCAUGAAUAGAUGUGGCCUAAGCUGAGGACCCUCUACAAGACUGGGCCACCCCCCAGGCCCCAUCGAUAUCAGCCGGGUGACUGGGUGUAUGUCCAGAGAUACCAACACCAGACACUUCAACCACGCUGGAAGGGACCCUACAUCAUAAUCCUGACCACUCCCACCGCUCUCAAGUUCAACGGGAUUACUCCCUGGGUCCACUACACCCACGUCCGGCCAGCUGACCCACACGGCGUUCUCAAGGACUUCGCACCAGAAUGGAAAAGUCAGCCCAACAAAGACAAUCCCCUAAAGCUAAGACUGCGCCAUUCUCACUUGCCCCACUAA